AUGGAUUUUGGGGGUGAUAAUUCGCGUGAAAAUCAUCAAAAUGUAAGAAGUUAUGGUACCCAAGACUACACAGUGCGAAAAGCAUACGAAGAUGGUGGCCUCAAAGCGGGAGCUUCCCGAUUGGCUCGGAUAGCGUACAGUGUCCUUUCACGGCGCAAAGCGGCCGAGGAAGGAGCAGCGCGGUUGGCCAGAGUCCUUUCAGCUCUUGACCUAACAGCUUUGGGGGUCGGCAGUACCCUUGGAGUGGGAGUGUAUGUGUUAGCUGGGGAUGUAGCCAAGAACUUGGCUGGUCCCGCUGUUAUACUAUCGUUUCUGUUAGCGGCUGUGGCGAGUGUUUUUGCUGGAUUAUGUUAUGCCGAAUUCGGUGCUCGAGUUCCGAAAGCUGGUUCUGCUUAUGUGUACAGCUAUGUUUGCGUUGGCGAAUUCAUCGCUUUUAUCAUUGGAUGGAAUCUCAUACUCGAGUAUAUUAUUGGUGCUGCUUCUGUAGUGAAAGCUUUAAGCGAAUACUUAGAUGCAUUAUUAAAUAAGGCGAUAUCUACACAUCUGGAAUCGGUAAUGCCUAUGGAAAGUCCACAUUUGGCGCGGUACCCUGACGUCUUUGCUUUUACCGUCAUCAUGGCAUUUUCUGUGGGGUUAGCUUUCGGUGUGAAGGAGUCAACUAAGUUCAAUAACUUCUGUACCGGAGUAAAUCUGUGUGUCGUAUUGUUUGUUAUAAUAUCUGGAUCAUUUAAAGCUGACCCAAAGAACUGGCGUAUCCCAGCGGAAGAGGUGCCUAAGUCAGAACACAAGGAUUUUGGGAGUGGUGGGUUUGCGCCCCACGGUAUUGCCGGUAUCAUUAAAGGCGCCGCUGUUUGCUUCUACGGCUUCAUUGGAUUUGACUGCGUGGCAACUGCCGGUGAAGAAGCUCGCCGACCUCAGAAGUCAAUCCCUUUCGCUGUAGUAGCAUCUCUACUAGUGGUGUUCCUCGCGUACUUCGGAGUGUCGUGUGUGCUCACUUUAGUACUGCCUUAUUAUAUGCAGGAUGAGAAAGCUCCGUUCCCACACAUAUACGACUACCUGGGCUGGCAGUGGGCGAAGUAUGCAGUCAGUGUUGGGGCAAUAUGCGCCUUGUGUUCCAGUCUCCUCGGUGCGGUAUUUCCUCUACCCCGCAUCAUCUACGCGAUGUCUUCAGACGGGCUGCUCUUCCGGUUCUUGGGGCAAGUGAGCGAGAAGUACCAGACACCGCUUGCCGGCACUAUCAUCGCUGGCUUAUUUACUGGCACCCUGGCGAUGAUCUUCCGCUUGGAGCAGCUUAUCCACAUGAUGUCCAUCGGUACCUUGUUGGCUUACUCCAUGGUCGCCUCCUGUGUUUUACUUUUGAGGUACGAGUACGGUCAGGCGCCGCACCGCGCGCAGGAGGCGCUGCGCGUGUCGCUGGGCGGCGCCGCGCGCCAGCUCCUCAACGCCGAGGGACACGCCGCGCCCACCCGCCUCAGCGCCGCCACCGUGGCCGUGCUCGUCACCUUCUACGGUAACUACACCCCUACACCCCACUCCCACAGCGAACUGCAUCGGUCCCCACCCGCCUCAGCGCCGCCACCGUGGCCGUGCUCGUCACCUUCUACGCGAACUGCAUCGGUCCCCACCCGCCUCAGCGCCGCCACCGUGGCCGUGCUCGUCACCUUCUACGGUAACUGCACCCCUACACCCCACUCCCACAGCGAACUGCAUCGGUCCCCACCCGCCUCAGCGCCGCCACCGUGGCCGUGCUCGUCACCUUCUACGCGAACUGCAUCGGUCCCCACCCGCCUCAGCGCCGCCACCGUGGCCGUGCUCGUCACCUUCUACGGUAACUGCACCCCUACACCCCACUCCCACAGCGAACUGCAUCGGUCCCCACCCGCCUCAGCGCCGCCACCGUGGCCGUGCUCGUCACCUUCUACGCGAACUGCAUCGGUCCCCACCCGCCUCAGCGCCGCCACCGUGGCCGUGCUCGUCACCUUCUACGGUAACUGCACCCCUACACCCCACUCCCACAGCGAACUGCAUCGGUCCCCACCCGCCUCAGCGCCGCCACCGUGGCCGUGCUCGUCACCUUCUACGCGAACUGCAUCGGUCCCCACCCGCCUCAGCGCCGCCACCGUGGCCGUGCUCGUCACCUUCUACGGUAACUGCACCCCUACACCCCACUCCCACAGCGAACUGCAUCGGUCCCCACCCGCCUCAGCGCCGCCACCGUGGCCGUGCUCGUCACCUUCUACGCGAACUGCAUCGGUCCCCACCCGCCUCAGCGCCGCCACCGUGGCCGUGCUCGUCACCUUCUACGGUAACUACACCCCUACACCCCACUCCCACAGCGAACUGCAUCGGUCCCCACCCGCCUCAGCGCCGCCACCGUGGCCGUGCUCGUCACCUUCUACGCGAACUGCAUCGGUCCCCACCCGCCUCAGCGCCGCCACCGUGGCCGUGCUCGUCACCUUCUACGGUAACUACACCCCUACACCCCACUCCCACAGCGAACUGCAUCGGUCCCCACCCGCCUCAGCGCCGCCACCGUGGCCGUGCUCGUCACCUUCUACGCGAACUGCAUCGGUCCCCACCCGCCUCAGCGCCGCCACCGUGGCCGUGCUCGUCACCUUCUACGGUAACUACACCCCUACACCCCACUCCCACAGCGAACUGCAUCGGUCCCCACCCGCCUCAGCGCCGCCACCGUGGCCGUGCUCGUCACCUUCUACGCGAACUGCAUCGGUCCCCACCCGCCUCAGCGCCGCCACCGUGGCCGUGCUCGUCACCUUCUACGGUAACUACACCCCUACACCCCACUCCCACAGCGAACUGCAUCGGUCCCCACCCGCCUCAGCGCCGCCACCGUGGCCGUGCUCGUCACCUUCUACGGUAACUACUACCCCUACACCCCACUCCCACACCGAACUGCAUCGGUCCCUCAAACAAUGCUUUGUGAAUAUCGGCUCAGGUGAAGGUGUGUGGUGCUUCGUGAUGAUGUCAGCGGUGAACCAGUACGGAGAUGCGAUCCUGGCCGGGCACGUGGGCGCUGUGGCCAUGUUCUCCGUGGGUACGGUGUUGGUGAUUCUCACUCUCUACUUUAUAUCUAGACAACCCGUGUCCGAUAAGAAGUUGGCUUUCUCUGUACCGCUAGUACCCUGGCUGCCGGGUCUGAGCAUCCUGAUCAACAUCUACCUCAUGUUGAAUUUGGACUAUAUGACGUGGGCGAGGUUCGGUGUCUGGAUCGCAGCUGGUAAGUGGAUGUAG